UCUCUCUCACACACACACACAUCUGGAGGGUGUCUGCUGUGGCUGGGACUUGUCUCCUGCUAUGGGACAGCCCGUGUUCAGAGUAGACGGCAGUCUUCGGUGCACUUCUGCAGAAAGGAGAUCGUGAACAUGGCCUUUAGCAGACAUCCCUCGCUGCAGACUCUGACUGUGCUCCUCCUGCUCCGGGUUUUGGUGAACUGCCAGACAACACUUGAACCUGUGGAAGAGGAUGAAGGAGAACCUGUGGAGGAGACGACAGUGGUGACCAAAUCAGAGGCGUUCCAGUGUCCGCUGGACUGCAGCUGCACGGCAGAGGGCUCGGUGGACUGCGCGGGAGUCGACCUCGUGGAGUUUCCCGCCAAGCUGUCAGAUAAAACCCGUCAGCUCUCGCUGCAGAACAACAAAAUCGAGGAGAUAACAGUGGAGCACGUCUCUCACCUGUAUCAGCUGGAAACGCUCAACCUUCAGAACAAUUGGCUAACCUCACACGGCCUUGAAGAUGAAGGAUUUGAGAUGCUGGAAGAACUGGCUUAUUUAUACUUGGCAAACAACAAGCUCACUUCAGCACCAAAGGUACUUCCACCCUCACUGAUCAGUGCUGAUUUUGCUGCUAAUCAGCUCACAAAGAUCUACCUGUAUACGUUUGGCUACAAACCAAAGCUGAGGUCUGUCUAUCUUCAUAACAACAAGCUGACGGAGGCAGGACUUCCUGAUCACAUGUUCAAUGGUUCUGACAGUCUGGAGAUCCUGACCUUGUCCAGCAACUUCCUGCGGGUUGUUCCCAACAACCUGCCGUCAAGCCUUUACCGUCUUCAUCUGAAGAGUAACAAGCUGGAGAAAAUCCCAGCUGGGGCCUUUGACACCUUAUCAAACCUCAGAGAGUUAUAUCUUCAGAACAACCUCCUAAGCAACGAGGGCAUGGACAAUGAGACUUUCAGUCAACUGAGCAGCCUGGAGUGCCUCGAUUUGUCAAACAACAACUUGAGCGUUGUACCCGGGGGCCUGCCUCGCAAUCUGGUGCUGCUACACCUGGAGAAAAACGCCAUCCGCAGCAUCCCCGGAGACGCUCUCACCGCCGUCCGGAACCUUGAAUACUUGCUCCUUCACAAUAACAAGCUCCGUGCACGCUCCAUCCACCCAGCAUCAUUCAUGGGUUUGAAGAAGCUUCAUACUGUACACUUGUAUAACAACUUGCUGGAGCGGGUUCCCAGGGGUUUGCCUCGACGGGCCAAGACACUAAUGCUGCUCCACAACCAAAUUUCCGAACUUGGCCGCAACGACCUGGCUCUGCUGUACACGCUGACGGAGCUGAACCUCAGCUACAACAAGCUGACCAGUCCAAAGGUUCACCGCGAUGCCUUCAGGAAGCUGCGGGACCUGGAGAAACUGGACCUGUCGGGGAAUGGCCUUCACUCGUUGCCACUGGGUCUUCCCCGCAGUCUGCAGGUGUUGGAAAUCAAGAACAACCAGCUCAACUCAAUACCAGACGGAGCACUGACAGGCAUGGAGAAGCUACAAAAGAUCAUCCUGAGUGACAAUCAGCUGAAACUGAACUCAGUCUACCAGGGAGCUUGGAUGGAGCUCAGUGCGCUCACAACAUUAGACCUGUCUGGAAACCAGCUGACACACAUCCCCUCUGACCUGCCUGAGUCUCUGGAGUAUCUUCACCUGCAAAGUAACCGCAUCUCUGCCAUUCCUGAGUCAGCAUUCGAAGGCACUCCGAACAUCAAAGGCAUCUUUUUGCGGUUUAACCGUCUUUCUGUGGACGCUGUGGACGAGAGCUCGUUCGCCCAUCUGUCUAACUUACAGGUGCUGGACAUCGGCUCGGGAAACAAGAGAGAUGAUCUGGAGGGGGACGAGGACGAGGAGGAAACUUAAACUGACAUUGGACUGACAUGGACUUUGAGAUGGGACUGAACCUGUGAAUGUGUGAAUUUAUUUCACACGUCCAUUAUCGUUUGUUGAAAGAGUCGCAUAUUUCUGGUGCAGGAUACCAGAUGAAGUUACGUUAGUUUCCAUUGUAUGGGCUGGUUAGUAAUGCAUAAACUGUACCUGAGCUUUGAUAUUUUUUUACAUCUACAUGGUUUUAUAAAGAAAUGCACACAAAAAGUCACAAACAUCCCUGUGAAGUUCACGCUGUAAAAGUCUAAAUCAUUAUGAGAAAGCAUGAAAAAGGAGAGGUUCACACUGUCAUUACGUCUGCUUUAUUUUCUUUUUAAUUCUUUUGUUAAUGGGUGCCUCGUUAAACAGACUUUAAAAAGUGUUUUUAUGGCAAAUAUUGUGAAGCCAUUUGUGUUGAAAACACCAGGACGACCGGUGGGUACGGUGGCUCGUAAGUUCAAAACAAUGUUACAAAAUUUGAAACAAAUUUACAUUCAGGACAAAAAGAUUUGAAGCACUUUUACAAAUCCUGAAAGAAAUGAACAAACCUUGAAAGACGUGUACAUAGGAGGUUAUUAGGGAUGAGUGAAAGUGUUGUAACUGUGUCAGCACUUUACAAAAUAUGAAACACUUUCUUUUUUUUCCCAACGUUUAGACAAAUUUUGAAAAUGUGAAACAUUUAGAAAAUCCAGAAAUAAUCUAAAAAUGUAAAUUUGUCUCAACUUUUGAAAAUUUGUUUCUGCAAUUUCCUAGAAGUUCCUAGAACACAUUUUACAAAAUUUGAAAAUACAAAAUAUGAAACAAAAUUACACAAGUUCAGACAAAUUUACAUUUUUGAAAAUAUAUACUUUUUCACAAAUCACAAAAUAAAUGAUAAAUAAAUGUAAUUUUGUUUCAAGUUUUGUAAAAAAUAAAAAAAUAAAUUGGGAUUUGUAAAAUGUAAUUUAACUUUGUUUUGUCCUGAAUGUAAACGUAAUAUUGUUUUGCUCUUACAGGCCACCGUAGAUACACACUCUGACAUUAAGAACAGUGUGAUGGUCGCUGAUUGCAACUCUUAAACAGGACUUGAUAUUUAAAAAACUAUUACUAUAAAUACUAUAUUUAUCUCACCGGAAAAUAAAGAAAACAUUUGACAAACAUAAUAAAAACUUAAAUUGGUCUAUGGACCUUUCUUGAAGUUAACGUCAUAUAACUUUAGACUGAGUUUUAGGUGUCACCAUUUGAAGUAAAGUUUGUCAAAAAUG